UUUCGCGACGUCUUCGAAGCUCUACAAGACGAUGCUCCAGCACCAAUCUCCAAGGUGACAAUUGCUCGCGCCGAGCAAGUCGACAAGAUGAGUCGAACAUACAAUAUCGCUAUGGUUAGCGACUUCUUUUUCCCACAGCCAGGAGGAGUCGAGAGCCACAUCUAUCAACUAUCCACGAAGCUCAUCGACCGCGGACACAAAGUCAUCAUCAUCACCCACGCCUACGAAGGCCGCAGCGGCGUGCGGAACUUGACCAACGGCCUGCGAGUCUACCACGUCCCGUUCCUCGUCAUAUUUCGAUCCGCCACAUUUCCGACCGUCUUCUCCUUCUUCCCGAUCCUCCGCAACAUCCUCAUCCGAGAGCAGAUCGAGAUUGUCCACGGCCACGCGAGUCUGAGCAGCAUGUGCCAUGAAGCGAUCCUACACGCAAGGACAAUGGGUUUGCGGACCGUCUUCACGGACCACUCGCUGUUCGGUUUCGCGGAUGCUGCCAGUAUUCUGACGAACAAGAUUCUCAAGUUCUCCCUGAGCGACGUGGACCAUGUCAUUUGCGUCAGCCAUACAUGCAAAGAGAAUACUGUCCUCCGAGCGUCUCUGGACCCCCUCAUGGUCUCGGUCAUUCCCAACGCCGUCGUUGCCGAGAACUUCCGCCCCCUCGAUUACCCAUCUUCCGACGCCGCUGGACAGCCCUUUGGACAGAACCCGCCCCCGGCACACCAUCUCGGCCCGAACGACGUGAUUACGAUCGUGGUGAUAUCCCGCCUAUUUUAUAACAAGGGGACGGAUCUUCUGACGGCCGCGAUCCCCCGUAUCCUGGAGAACCACCCCAACACGAGAUUCAUCAUUGCCGGCUCGGGCCCAAAGGCCAUCGACCUCGAGCAGAUGAUUGAACAGAACGUUCUACAAGACCGCGUCGAGAUGCUGGGCCCGAUCCGCCACGAAGAGGUGCGGGAUGUCAUGGUUCGAGGCCACAUCUACCUACACCCGAGUUUGACAGAGGCCUUUGGUACGGUCAUUGUGGAGGCAGCUAGCUGUGGGUUGUACGUCGUAUGCACGCAGGUCGGCGGUAUUCCCGAGGUCCUACCAUCUCACAUGACUGUCUUUGCAAAGCCAGAGGAGGACGACUUGGUCGUUGCGACGGGCAAGGCGAUCGCUGCGCUGAGGGCAAACAAGGUGCGGACUGAGCGCUUUCACGAGCAGGUCCGAAAGAUGUAUUCCUGGACCAACGUGGCCAUCCGCACGGAGCGGGUCUAUCACGGAAUCACCGGCGAGCUUAGCGAAGCCGAGUUUUACGGGUUUGACACCGCCAACCCCUCAACCUUUGGCAACAGCCGAGUGCGGUCCUUCACACUCAUCGAUCGGCUCAAACGCUACUACGGCUGCGGCAUCUGGGCGGGCAAGCUCUUCUGUCUCUGCGUCAUUGUCGACUACCUGCUGUUUUUAUUCCUGGAGUUGUGGUUCCCGCGAGAGCAGAUCGACAUUUGCCCCGAGUGGCCGCGGAAGAUCGUUGACGAUGCGGAGGACUCCAAGGAGGAUUGAGGGAAUCUUCAUUCUCCAGAACCACAUCAUCGCCAGCAAUGCUUUCGGAGGAUUCCGAUCAGUUUGAGGGUCACCGUCUGAAAACUAUUCGAACACCAUGCGAAGGGCAGGCGGAAAGUCGCGGAUUGCAGGACCAGAAAUCCAACCCGACCUGUGGUUGUCGGCGAUGACCGGUGAUGACCGGCGGAAAUCGCAGGACAUGCAAAAUGGGAAAAUGGGCCCAGGCCCUCGGCCAACAUUUUCCUGCGUGCCGAGUCAGCUCAUCGAAGACGGCUUCAAAUUCACAGAAUCCGCGGCCCAAAAGGGCCGCGCACAACGUCGGAAGAUACUUGCUCGUAAGUAUUCCUCCAAUGACAGAAGGCCAAAAGGCAAUCAGCAU